AUUUUACUUUCUCAAAUUUCCUCUUUUCCCCCAAAUUUUGUAAAAAAGCCCUAACUUUCCCCCCUCCAUAUUUCUCUUCACGAUCGAAAACUUCACAUCUCUUUCAUCGCAAGAUUUGGUGUGCUUACGCUCGCAAGCCCCCUUCAUCACAAGCCGCCGUUGAAGACGUUGCGUUUGUCCACCGCUGAAGAUUUGGUGUGUUCGUAGGUUGUCGUUCAGAAUAGGUUCGUCCGCCGCCACAACAGGGCCACUGGUGAUGACACACGCAGUCUAUGCACCACCGUGUGCAAAUGGACCUAUCUUGGCCAUGCACACAUGUCACAGUACAAUGAAAAGGAUUCCCGAAAUAUGGAGGCUUGUGGAUGGGAUGAUGAUUUCUGGGAGGAAAUUGGAUUAAGAGAUCUUGUUGAUGGUCACCAUGCGAAAAUAGGAAGAAGUGUAGCAUUCCCUGGUCACCCCUUGGGUUCUGGUCUGACUCCAGUAGCUGCGAAGGAACUGGGUUUGGUUGCUGGCAUCCCUGUUGGUGUUUCACUGAUUGAUGCUCAUGCAGGUGGAGUUGGGGUGUUGGAAAGUGUACCUGGGCAAGAUUCUGAUUCUGAAGAUCAUCUUUUACUGUGAGGAGGAAUCAAGAAGGUUAAAAUUACUGAAGAUAACUGAAGAAGCCGAGCAAAAGCGGCUUGCUGCAGAAUACGAACAAAGGAAAAACCAACGGCUUCGUAGGGAAAUAGAAGAACGAGAACUUGAAGAAGCACAGGCUCUACUUCAAGAAGCUGAAAAGCGUGUUGGUAAAAAGAAGGGAAGCAAGAAACCGGUUCUUGACUCUGAAAAAUUGUCGAAACAAGCUUUAAUGCAAUUGGCCCUUACUGAACAAUUAAGGGAGAGGCAGGAAAUGGAGAAGAAAUUACAAAAGCUAGCUAAAACUAUGGACUAUCUAGAAAGAGCAAAAAGAGAAGAGGCGGCACCGUUAAUUGAGGCUUCAUUUCAGCAACGUUUGCUGGAAGAGAGAAUGGUUCAUGAACGUAAUCAGCAGCUUAGUAAAGAGGGAACAGUUUUAUGUCUAAUAUUUGGUCAGAGUGCUACCGGUGCUCUACUUGAUCACAUAAUUCAAAAUCAUGUUGCCUCUCCUCAUCUUGCAAACCGUGCUGCUUCGCAAAGGGUUAAAGUGUUACUCACACACUUUUUGAAAACUUUUGGUUGGUUGAGAAUCAAAAAACUGCCACAUCAGAAAUAAGAGGCUUCAGGCCAAAAAGGUUCCCCAGAGACUCCGUGACAUAAAGGAUGUUUUAGGUUCAUAUUUUAUUCUUUAUUUAAUUUCAGUUCUGAUUUUCUAUGGUCUUUUAGUUGUGCGACUUCUAAUAGUGACGAUGAGAUUGAUGCAAUCAAUGAUAGAUUUUGCUAUAAUUAUCUUAAUCUUUAGCGUUUUAAUUUGUCUUCGUUUUUACUCUGGUCAUGUGAUUUUAGUUUGGUAUUCGAUUGAGUUAAAGAAUUGGGAUUGAUCUAGUUUAUUUUGUUCUUUAGAUAGUUUACUUUUGAUCCAAUAUUGUGGGUAUAAUAAUUUUUAUGAAUACUAAUUCAUUUAUUUUGCAUGUCUACAGAUUGAUACAAGAAAACCAUACUCACAGGCCGAGUUAGAUGAGGUGCGGGUUGAGUUGGUUGAGUUUUUGGGUUCGUACAUAUGAUUUAGGAUUUAUUUGUCAUCUCUGAAAUAGGAAACUUUAUUUUUUGUGGUUGAUUUUUUGAAAUGUUUAUAUGGAGGGGGAGAGGGAGAGGUGGGGAUUGAUUGAUAUACUUUUGGGACUUUGUUGAGGUUUAGAGUUUAGGUGAGUUGUUGAUAGGUGAACUGUUCACAUGUAUUGGUUUUGUAAAUGAUAUAUGAAUAUGAUGCAAAGUUUUGGAAAUGAUAUGAAUGAAUGAUGUUUAGUUGUCAUUUGAUGUA